GUGUGCGCGCGCGUGUGUGACCUUUUUAUGUGACAACAUGAAAAACGAGGAACAAGUGUAACUAACUUAGCCCUUCAAGCAAAGGUUAACUUAGCCAUACUGGUUUGACUUACUAGUCAUGCAAAUUACCAUUUGACUUAAAUUAGAAGCAUCAGAAAAUGCUGUAGCACAUGACUUAAUCCCCACUCCCCAGUGAGUUGUGACUUCACCAUCCGUUAUUCUAUGAUUUCACAGGUAGUUAGUUGAUUGGCUGAAAUUUCACAGGUAUGCAUAUUACCUGUUUGAAUCUUGUCCACUGAGAAGGUCCGCAAUAGUAAACUACCCGGGGGUUGGCACGAGAAAAGGACCCUCCUGUCCUGGCUCCUUUCAACACAAAGUUCCAUAUUCUUCACUUUGUCUCUGUCCCAAGUUAUUGAAUAUUUAAACUCUCAUUUACUUCUAGAGUUUCUAUAUAUAUGUAAAAUGUUAACUAACAAGUAAUUGAUAGGAACAUGUUUAAAUAUAAUAAAUUAACAUCACCGUGCAUUUUUAAAUAUAAUGAAUUAACAUCACCGUGCAUAUUUAAGUUAGUGAAAUUAAAGGCAGAUAAUAGAUACACAUUUCUAGCUUUUUUGUACUUCACUUAUGGUAUGGGGACCCAUUAUCUAUGCCAACUACCUGUCAUGGUUAAUUUCCACUUCUUCCUCACAAGCCAUUCCAUUUCUCAUCUCCAAUAAACUAUCUAUAUAUGUAUAUAUAAGCUAGAGCAAGUUCUCUGCUAUUCAAUAGUAGUAAGUGGAACUUAACUUAGCCAAAUUAACCAUGGAAACUCCACUACUAGAUAAUAACAACAGCAACAGGCUUAGUGAUGAGGAUGAGAAGCCACUGAGCUUGGUUCGGAGAUUCGGGAUCGAGUCCAAGAAGUUGUGGAAGAUAGCAGGUCCUGCAAUUUUAACAAUGUUGUGUCAGUACUCGCUUGGUGCAUUCACCCUCACAUUUGUAGGCCAUGUGGGAGAGCUCGAUCUUGCAGCAGUUUCUGUUGAAAACUCUUGCAUUGCUGGCUUCUCCUUUGGAGUCAUGUUGGGUAUGGGGAGUGCCUUGGAGACUCUCUGUGGACAAGCAUUCGGUGCGGGUCAGAGCAGGAUGUUGGGGGUGUACAUGCAAAGAUCAUGGGUCAUCUUAUUUACUACUGCCUUGAUUUUGGUCCCUGUAUAUGUUUGGUCACCUCCCAUCUUGAGGGUCAUUGGACAAACUACUGAAAUCUCAGAAGCUGCUGGAAAAUUUGCUUUGUGGAUGUUACCACAGUUGUUUGCAUAUGCUUUCAACUUUCCAAUGCAGAAGUUCUUACAGUCACAGAGGAAAGUCCAAGUGAUGUUAUGGAUAUCAGCAACUGUCCUGGUGCUACAUAUAUUUUUCAGUUGGCUCCUAAUACUGAAACUUGGGUGGGGCUUAACUGGAGCAGCAAUUACUCUUAACGCAUCAUGGUGGCUGAUUGUCAUUGCACAAUUUUUGUACAUUGUGAUCACAAAAUCAGAUGGUGCUUGGAGUGGAUUCUCAUGGCUAGCAUUUUCAGACUUGUAUGGUUUUGUGAAACUUUCUUUGGCUUCAGCUGUCAUGUUAUGCUUGGAGUUUUGGUACUUGAUGGUCCUGGUGGUGAUAACAGGGCGUUUGACAAACCCUCUAAUACCUGUUGAUGCCAUAUCUAUCUGUAUGAACAUCAAUGGCUGGGAUGCCAUGAUUGCAAUAGGGUUCAAUGCAGGAAUAAGUGUGAGAGUAUCAAAUGAACUAGGGGCUGGUAAUUUCCGGGCUGCGAGGUUUGCGGUGUGGGUGGUUUCCAUCACAUCAGUCUUCAUAGGUGUUCUUGCUAUGAUUUUAGUUCUUUCAACAAGGGAUUUCUUUCCUCACUUGUUUACCACAAGUGAUGCAGUUGCCAAGGAAACAACAAAGCUUGCUGCUUUGCUUGGUGCCACAGUGCUUCUUAACAGCCUUCAACCAGUCUUAUCUGGUGUUGCUGUUGGAGCUGGGUGGCAAGCUCUUGUAGCAUACAUCAACAUUGGGUGCUACUAUAUUAUUGGAUUACCAGCAGGGAUAUUGUUGGGAUUCACAUUUCAUUUUGGAGCAGAGGGUAUUUGGUCAGGGAUGAUUGGUGGUACAGUUCUGCAGACCAUAAUCCUUAUAAUCGUUACUUCAGUAACGAACUGGAAGAAGGAGGCUGAACAAGCAGAGGGUCGCAUGAAGAGAUGGGGAGGAUCAAUUGCUAAUGAACAAUGACUCUGAGUAGAUUGAAUGACCAUGGGAGGUCCCAAAUGUGUGUAGUUUCCACAACGUAAUUACCUAAGUUUUUGUGAUCUAGAUAGCAUUGGAUUGGAAAAUCAUUGUGACAUUAGCACAAUUCCAAUCAUGGUUUCACUAUCCUUGUUUGUAAUGUCGUUUGGGUUGAACUCAGCCAUCUAAUUUUUUUUGAUAAAAAAAAAUAGAUGAAGUUUAUUGGAAUGAGUUCUUCUAUAUCAUGAUAGAAUUGCUCUCACUAGCUUGGAGUAUUGAACUUUGUUGUUGGAUCAUCAGUUACUAUUCAUGGUUCACCAGCAUGUGAAGAAAUUUCUGAUAUAGUCAUAUUGGAUUUAGGGUUUAAUGACAAACAUGCUUGAAUUGGAUUCGGAAAAUGUUUAUGUGAAUGUGGGUUGUCUUUC